ACUACUUUUUAAUGAUUUUGCUGCUUUUCCUAAUACCAUUACAGCCUUCUCCAUGGCAACCAGGGAGGGGCUCAGACUUUGGCCCGGGCUGGAGUUUAUCUGCAGGAGCUGGAGGGGUGGGGGGUCACACAGGGGGUCCACACCAGCCAGGGACACGCUGGGGAGGGGACAGGCGUGGUGGGGACCCAAAGCCAGGUCCCCACGGGGGCACAUGGGCAGCAGGAGCAGCAGGGUCCCAGCACCUCCUGCCACAGGACCCAUGUGGGGACGAGGCUGCCAGGGAGGUUCAGGGGCACAGACAGGCCUGGAGGAGAUGCCUCAAGGAUCUCUAAAGGUGGAGAUGGGCCCAGCUCCUCCCUGCACCACAACCACUCUGGGAAGGGAUUUCCCUGUUUCCCUCCUCAAUUUCCCAUUGCAUCUCAUUUGAUAUUUCCCCAGGGAGGGUGCUGGAGGCAGGGAUAAACCUGCUCCCAGCUGCAGGCAGGGCUUGUUUAAACUUCCCAACGAGGUUUUGUGGGUUUUGGCUGGCUGACCUGUGCUGGUUCAGCUCUUUUUGGCUUCCAGAUUGAUUACACCUUGUGUCAAUAUGUGCUCAGUGCCUAUUAGUGGGUGCAUGUAUCCCUAUCUCUCACUUCUCCCUCCUGAUCUAUAAAUUCCCAGAAGACAGGAUUAAAAUAGAGGGGGAGGAGGAUUCCACUCGGGGCCAAAAGGGAAGAGGGAAAGCAGAGCCUGUGGGAAAGUUGGGUGGUGAGGCUGGAGCCUGGAUGUCUCUCUCCAACUCCUUUCCACGGGCAUGGCAAUGCCGGGUGAGGAGCCGAGGUGUGGCCUGGGAGCUGGGGAAGUGCCAGGCUCCCAGGGGAAGGGGCAAGGUGGGGCAUGGUGGGGUGCCCGUGGUGUGGGAAUGGUGGGAGUGAAUCCCUGCUCCUCGCAGAGCAGCCUGGGGAGGCAGGGCUGGGAAGAGCAGCUGCAGGGCAGAGCUUGCUGCUCCUGGAGCUGAGGGUGCCCGUGGUGCCAGCCUGGUGCAGCUCCAGGGAGGAGGGGACAGGGGAAGGCUCAGCCAUGGCUCUGCUCUCUGGCCUCAGGGCUCCUCUUGCCGGGGCUUUUUCUUUCUGUUUCUUUCCUGGAAACUGGUGAAAGAUUUCUGUGUUGGAGCCUGGUGGGGAAAUAACCUGGGACACAGGAUGGGGUCAGCGGCCUCCCAGGGUGGUUUUGAUGAGCUGCCAGGGGCAGAGUGUGAUCUGCCAGCCCUGGGGCAUCACCCGCCCUCAUCCCACUGCCUGGGGGCUGGCAGAGGAGCAGGGGACCCCCAGGGCCACCACCCCAGCAGGGGGACCCUGGCUGUGCUCUCAGUUUGGCACAGAAGCACUGGGCACAGCAGGGUGUAGAGCUCCCAGCACCAUUCCCACUCACAAGGCAAGACAGGAGGGAAAAUGGGAAGAUGCCCACGAGGGGCUGAGGGUUCUGCCCUGAGGUUUUUAGUACCACACAGGGAAGUUUUUUCCCUUUUCCCAACUCAUUUCCCACUUGCAUCACCAUAAACCCUCAGGUGUUUCAGCCCACCCUGCACUAAGGCUGGUCCCCAAACCCUUAACCCCGGUGUCCUGUGGAUGCUCCAAGCCCCAGAGUGUGGUUUUUGUGUCCUGAUGGAAAGUGAGGACCCAGUGCCAGGGCUUACCCAGGGCAGGGCAGGGCAGGGCAGGGUCCGUGCUGCUGCUCACACCCUCCAGGAGCUCAGGGCACGGAGCUGGGACACCCUCUGAGCUUGCCCCAUUCCUCCCUCCAGGCUCAGAGCCCACACAGACCCCAUCUCUGGCAGGACCCCCCUCUGCAGGGCCCCCAUCAGGGUCGGGACAUCUCGUUGCGUGUCCUUGUCCCGAGCUGCCCCAGGGGCAGUCCCGAGGAGCCGUGCCGGUGCCACUGCCCCGGCCGGGCCAGCAGCAGUGGGGUUAAGCCCGGCCGGGCGGGUGGCUGGACAGGCGUCAAGGUGGUUGCUCCAUCCAUCCCUGCGCAGUCGGAGGGGCCGGAGAGCGGAGCGGGAGCCCUGCCCUGCCCGCCGCCAUGAGCGCAGGCAAAGGCAUCCCCCUCGUGCUCCCCCUGGCCCUGCUGCUGGCUGCCGCCUCGCAGCCCCCCGGGGGGGACCCCCCGAAGGAGCCGGGGGACGGCGAGGCUCCGCGCUGCCCCAGCCCCUGCGCCUGCAGCCUGGACGAUUACAGCGAGGAGCUGAACGUCUUCUGCAGCGGCCGCAACCUGAGCCGCCUGCCCGAGGACGUGCCCCCCAACGCCAAAGCCCUGUGGCUGGACGGCAACAACUUCACUCUGCUGCCGGCUGCAGCCUUCAGGAACCUGUCAGCCCUGGACUUCCUGGACCUGCAGAGCAGCCAGCUGGGCUCGGUGGAGCAGCACGCCUUCCACGGGCUGCGCAGCCUCUACCACCUGCACCUGGAGCGCAACCGCCUCAGGCACCUGGCCCCGCACACCUUCCUGCACACGCAGAACCUCGUGUCCCUCAGCCUCAACAACAACCACUUCAGCAAGGUGGAGGAAGGGCUCUUUGCCGGGCUCUCCAACCUCUGGUACCUGAACCUGGGCUGGAACUCGCUGGUGGUGCUGCCCGACAAGGUGUUCCACGACCUGCCCAACCUGAGGGAGCUGAUCCUGGCGGGCAACAAGCUGCCCUACCUGCAGCACCAGCUCUUCUGCAGCCUCACCGAGCUGAAGGAGCUGGACCUGAGCGGGAACGCGCUCAAGGGCAUCAAGAUCAACGUCUUCGUCAAGCUGCAGAAGCUGCAGAAGCUGUACCUGAACCACAACCAGAUCACCGCCAUCGCGCCCCGCGCCUUCAUGGGCAUGAAGUCCCUGCGGUGGCUGGACCUGUCCCACAACCGCCUGGUCUCGCUCUACGAGGACACCUUCCUGGGCCUGCUGAGCCUGCACGUGCUGCGCCUGUCCACCAACGCCAUCACCAGCCUGAGGCCCAGGACCUUCAAGGACCUCCAGUUCCUGGAGGAGCUGCAGCUGGGGCACAACCGGAUCCGGGGCCUGGCGGAGAGGACCUUCGAGGGGCUGGGCCAGCUGGAGGUGCUGAGCCUCAACAACAACCAGCUGCAGGACAUCAGGGCCGGGGCCUUCCUGGGGCUGCACAACGUGGCCGUGAUGCACUUGUCUGCCAACUGCAUCAAGGUCCUGCCUGACUUUGUCUUCAAGGGGGUCACCAGGCUGCACAGCCUGCACCUGGAGCACAGCUGCGUGGGCAGGGUCCGGGCCAACAGCUUCUCCGGGCUCUCCAGCCUGCGGCGGCUCUUCCUGCAGCACAACAGCAUCUCUGUCAUCGAGGACCAGAGCUUCAGCGACCUGCACGAGCUCCUGGAGCUCGACCUGAAGCACAACAGGCUGAGCCACCUCUCGCCCCGGCUCUUCACGGGGCUCAGCAACCUGGAGUACCUCUUCCUCUCCUCCAACCAGCUCCUGGACAUCUCCCAGGACACCUUCAGCCCGCUCCAGAGACUCUUCUGGCUCGACCUCUCCCACAACCAGCUGGAGACACUGGACAACAGCGUCAUCUCCCCCCUGGCCAACCUGCGGCACCUCAGCCUGAGCAACAACUCCCUGGAGACCUUCUCGGUGGCAUUCCUGUGCCCUCCCUUCACCCUGGAGCAGCUGUGGCUGGGGGGCAACAACUGGCACUGCAACUGCUCCCUGAAGGGCCUGCGGGACUUCUCCCUGCAGCACCCGGCCGUGGUGCCGCGCUUCGUGCAGUCGGUGGCCGAGGGGGACGACAGCCACGUCCCCGUCUACACCUUCAACAACCUCACCUGCCUGCAGCCCCCGGGCCUGGCGGGGCUGGACCUGCGUGACACUGCCGAGGACAGCUUUGCUCACUGCUGAGCCGGGCUGGCCCUCCCAGGGACCCUCAUCCCGGCCCCGUGGCCACCCCGGCCAGAGCACGGAUUUGCCACCGCCUCCAGCAGCCGCCCUGCUCAGAAGAUGUUGGAUGGGCAGCAGCCCCCUGGGCUUCAAACUGAGUAUUUCAGUCCUUUAAUAUUUAAAUAGCAGCCCCCAGGGCACAGCGUGGUUGCUCCCAGCUCCCAGCAGGAGAAUCUCUGGCUGGGGGAAUGCUGCACCCCCAGCCCUGCAGCCACAGCAAGGGGCAGCCCUGCCCAGGCCAGGACUUUUAUGAGACAAAACAAAGAGUUUUCCUGCCAUGGAGCAGUGGAGAAAUCCUAAAAGCCCCCCCGAGCUUAGGGAAGGGGCAGAGGACUUGCUGCAAUGAUUCCUUGCAGCAGCAGGUGUAGGCAGGGCACAGAAAGGCACUGGUUGCUCACCUGAUAAAUGGCAGCAGACAAAUAAACCUUUGGAGCUAUUGCAACCCA